CAGACUGGUUUGUAGGUUGUGCUGAGUCUGGCUGCAGGACGGAACGUGUGUUCAGGGGGGAGGCGGCCGGCGGGAGGGUUUGUCGGCGGCGCCCGGGCAGGAUGGAAGUAAAAGAUGCAAAUGCUGCAAUGCUCAGUAAUUAUGAGGUCUUUAAACUCCUGAACGAUCUUAAGGAACAACGGAAAGAAAGUGGGAAUAAGAAGCAUAGUGCUGGUCAGCAGAAUCUUAACACAAUCAUGUACGAGACUCUUAAAUAUUUGUCCAAAACACCCUGCAAGGAUCAGACUCCAGAAAUUGUAACCAAAUUUCUCAAGGCCAUGGUUUCACAAAAACUUACCAAGGCAGAAAAGCUUCAGUUGUUGAACCAUAGACCAUUGACUGCGGUGGAGAUACAGUUGAUGGUAGAAGAGAGUGAGGAAAGGCUAACAGAAGAACAGAUUGAAGAGCUAUUGCAAACUAUCAGUAGCAUCCUGCCAGGAAGCCCAGAUGAGCAAGGUGGAGUUCAGCAGCAGGAGGAGGCAGACAUGGUGGUUGAAGAGGAUGGAAACACAAUGGAUGAAUCCUAGCACAAUCCAGCAGAGACACGAUUUCUGUCAAGCAAUAUACACCAAGUAAUAAUCCCUCUUGGUUUUAUUUUUAAAUCUUCAUUUAUAUUUAUUUUGUAUUUAAAUGCUGUGCUGGGAGUCUAGUCAACAGAGAUUGCAUUUCAAAUGCUGUGUAGAGGAUUUUUGUACGUUCAAUUCUGGACAAUAUGAGAUGUAAGCUAUUAAUGGUGAAUGUUUGUCUUAAUUAAGUUCACGUGGAAAGACUAAAGUAUUUCAACCUCUACAGUUGUACCUUGUUACAUUUUGCUUCUGACUGAAAACUACUGGCAGUACAUUCCUGAACAAUGAGGGAUUGAACAGGCAAUAUUUGCUUUUUACAUUUUAUAGACAGAAAUGCAUGAUUCUCUGUUCAAGGCUAUUUUUAUGAAACAAAUAAACAUGCACAUAUACUUCCA